AUGGAUUAUCUUGAAUCCCUAGGCUAUUCCAGGCACACAAUGAUUCUCAACCAGGAUGCUGGCACAUCCAAAAUCUUUGAAGAGCCUACAGUCCCUGAGUCUGUAGAUACUUUGCCUAUUCCAUCGCCAUUUCAUCAGGAUCCAGUAUUUGAGAUCCUUUUCCGAGAAGCAUCUGCAUCUGAGACUGCUCCUCAAGCAGACUCUGCAGCUGAUAUCACUUCUCCAGAGCAGCUAAUGACUGAUCCAAUUAGUCAGUUGCUGAUUGAAACUUCAACUGCUAUGCCAUCCUCAUUUGAUGAUUUUCAGCCCAGCGACUUUGAUAAGGCUGCACCUCCUUGCUCCCCGCCUGCAGCAGAGAUAAAAUCAGCUGACAACGCUGAUCCCUCAUCUCCGGAAGGACGUGUUGAGGAUAUCACAGAAACUCCUCGACCAUCGUCACCACCCAUCUUCACCACUGAUGAGCCCACUCCUACAGAGGGCCUCAACAUCGAUCAAAGGCGUAUGCUUGCUACCUCCUCUCGGACUGAAGAAGAAGUUCUCCCUUCUGCUCCACCCACAGCUGAUGUUACCUCAGCUACUGAUGCUGCUUCUACCUCUCAAGGACCAGCACAGGCACCCCCUGCUUCCCCUGAGCAACCAGAGGAAAUCGUCGAUGCUCCGCCUGAGCAACCAGAGGAAAUCAUCGAAAUCUCUCGCCAACCCGGUGUCAUUCGAUAUGACUCGGAUGUUGACACUGAUGGAUUCCUCACCGAGUGGAAAAAGAGAGAACCCAUCAGAACUCAGUUCAAAAUUCCUGAAGGAAUUGAAAAUCCGAUUGAUGCCCUACUAGAUGUCAUCUCCGAUCAGCAAUUUGCAAGCGAAACACUCAAGCAUGAAAGGGAACGACAGGACAUCCAUGGCGCGAAGUUCCUAAGGUACCUCAGAGCUGUUGAAACUCAAGCUCAAGAUGACAUGAUCGAUCAUGAUGCUCGCAUCAUCGCUCUUCGAAGAAGAAUUCAUCGACCCGAAAUUGAUCAUCUCACUCUCCAAAGAGACCUACUUCAAGACGAAUUUCCAAAAAUUCAGAAGGAACUCAAAGAGCUUCAUCAAUACGUCUUGACAGUAGAAAUAUAA